CGGUACUUCACGAUGCAUCCAGUACGAAUCAGAUAAUGUUGGGGUAAAAGUCCCGGGAUGGGUUUCUAUGCUUCCUAAUUAGUUGGUCUCUUCCACAUGUAACAUCCUAGAUUGUGACGUGACAUGGUUUUUUUUAGCUGCGGCUUUUUCAACCCCCGCCUGUACCUUAGACCCCACUUCAUUCGAUCAUCUCAGCGUGACGACCAGCAAGGAGUAUCAAUAUGGGUUUCCCAGGUCCAUCUCCCGAAGAGAUUGAGGCACAGAAGAAGCGCGACAAAAUAUCUGACGCAAGGAUCACAGCGGCAAAGUUAGAGCUGGAACGGAGGAAAGCCGAAGCCCGAUCCAUCCCACUUUAUCGUCUCAUUCCCAAGCCGGCAAAAAAGUGGAUAAACAAUCGCUUGACACCUGCGACAGAGGCUGUCCAAGAAGCGCAGAUUGAGUAUGAAUGGGCGAUAUACGACAAGGGGGCUUUGAAACGGCCUCUCUAUCCUCGAAAACGGGCCAUUUCUCCUUCGAACAAGGCAUUUAGAAAGGGUCAGCAAGAAUAUUGCUCUCAGGAACAGUCCAAUUUCUUCAAGUUAUUACCACCAGAAAUUAGGGUAGAAAUAUACAGAAAAGUCUUUGGAAAACUCAUCAUUGAGAUAGAUACCUCACACGCAGGGUUUAACGGCCCACCUCCCUCCUCUGACCACACCAUCUUUUGGCAAUCUAAAAUCGACGAUGCCGAUGGAGGAGGCAGGUGGACCUCAUUGCGACACAUUGAAAAGCCUAUUACUUUCAAUCCUCACAUUGUCUCUCUGUUACAGGUCUGCCGGCAAAUAUAUGCCGAGUCUAUCGUUAUACUGUAUUCCGAGAGUAUCUUCAAGACUCAUACAUACCACAAUGUUAUUGGUUGGACAAAAUUCCUUCUCAAGGAAAGGCUUCAGGUGAUCCGCUCGGUUCAUUUUCAGCUUAAUCUCGGCUAUCCAUGGGGUGCACCGAAUAUUUGCAUUUCUCUCGAAGCAAUAGCUAGCCUGAAAAGCUUGCAAAAACUUUGCAUAGUAGGGCGGGCAGACGGUAUGGUGGACUCGAAGCAUCAGGAUCUCAUUGACGCCGAGCUGUGGAAGAACAGAAAGCAUAUACUUCUUCCUCUAUUCCUCAAAUUUGCAUUCAUCAGGCACGUCGACAUUUUUCUACCCAUCAUGCACAGCAUUCUGACCCGGGAAAAUGAAAGCAUUAUCCGGGGCUCAAGAUUGCAUGGCUUAAGCGAGGAGCAAAGUGGCAAGCACCCCAGAGUAUGUGCUUGUUCAUAUAAGCCGGAAAUACUAGCGAUAUAGGCGGGGGAUUACCGACAAACGAUUAAAUAAUAGAAACGGAAUCAGUUUGUUUUGGAAGGUGCUGGAUAUGCGUCUAGUGCCGAUUCAGGCAUAAUGUUGGGGUAAAUUAUGUGUGGCAUAACACCCUAUUCCUUUAUUUAAGAAGUUAUUAUUGAUAUUAUUUAAUCUAUCAACUAGUGUUUGUUAACUUCUACUACAUGUAUUUAUUCCCAAAUAGGUACUAGAUCAAUGAC